GUGAAACGGAACAUAUGUUCUCAAACUAUGCAUAGUUCUAUGCAUAGUUCAGUAAUUGUAACAUUGCUAUAGAUACUAGUGUAGUAUGAACUCAAUUUUAAAAUUUUGCAUGAAAUAGCCUGACCCUAAGACGAGCAAUGCUGACUUUGGAGACUAUAGUCAAACCAAGGCAAAACUGAGGUUGGUCUAAGUUGACUGCUCAAUCUGAGCUAGGCUAAUCAAUUAUUUUGACACCAAAAACCAGAAAAAAUGAUCACGAUAGUAAAACCAUGGAAGAAAAUGCGAUCAAGAACCAUCUGGAUUAUAGUAGGAAUUAUAUCAACUCUUAUUGUCAUUUAUUAUUUUCAAAAUAAAGAGGCAGAUAUUUCGAGGCGGUUACCAAAAGUUUUAAUUUCAGGAGCUGCAAAAUGUGGCACUACAGCCCUGGCGACGUUUCUGAGAUUCCAUCCCCAAUUGAAAUUCACAGAUCAAGAGGAAGUUUGCUAUUUUUCCCGCUAUAAACAUUUUAGUAAAGGGACUGAUUGGUAUCGGAAUUUAAUGCCGUUAAGUUCUAAAAUUGGGGGUGAGCUCACUGUUGAGAAGUGCCCAGAUUACUGGGAGCAAAUUCAAGCGCUGGAACGGAUCCAUGGUAUGGAUAGUGAUAUCCGGUUAUUGAUUAUAUUAUGUAAUCCUGUUAAGCAGGUAAUUUCAAGGUACACGCAACGAAAAAAUUCUUGGCUUCACAAAGCUGAACAAUUACAUAAUAUACAAACAAAAGGUCAAACUUGGAAUUUAACGUUUGAGGACUUUGCUAUUGACCCUAGCACUGGUGGAGUAAGGGUCGAAUGGGAUGCCAUACAAAAAGCAAUCUUUAUUAAUCACAUAAGAAAUGUGUUUUAUAUUUUUGAAAAUUCUCAAGUUCAUAUUAUAGAUGGCGAUAAUUUUGUCCAUAAUCCUGUCUUUGAAUUAAGAAAAGUAGAAACUUUUCUUGGAUUAGGGCAUGUUUUCAAAGAUGACUUUUUUGCAUAUGAUGAAGAAAAGGGUUUUUAUUGUAUGACAACUGAUAAAGGAAAACAUAAGAAUUGUUUGUCUAAGGCAAAAGGUAGGCCCCAUCCCAGAAUAGAUGGCACUGUGAUGAAAAAGUUAAAAUCUUUCUUCUGGCCAAGAAAUGAAGAAUUUUAUGGCCUAAUUGGACGAAGAUACAACUGGGAAUAAUGUUUCGCCAAUGAAAUACACUUCUAAUCUAUGCUGCGUAUCACCAAUUUAGACUUUUGAAGAUUAUUUAGCUGAAAGUACACCCAUAGAAAUUAGAACUGAAAUAAUAUAAGCAAAAAUUGUAUACAGAUUUACUUCGGUUAAUUUGGUAAAUUUUUUCAAUUUUUGACAUUUAGCAGCUAUCUAAUUUGGCAGAUUUGGGCUGAAUUUAAUUUUAUCAGAAUCAGAUCAUGUUUUGAAUUGACAAUAUUCAUGAGUACUAGCAUUUCUGAUGUUUCUGAUUCUAAUACUAUCUGCCAUUUAAGCAAUAUGAUCUUGUUCCCCAACAUUUGAGACAAUAAAUACUUUUGUUUUUCUUAGCCAUUUUAAAAUAACACUGUUACAACUAAAACCAGAAGACAAUCUUUGCAUGUACACUGUAUGAAAACAUUUCCGGAGAGUUGUCUUAAAUCAUGGCAAAAAUGUAAACUGGCAAGUUUUUCAAUGACAAAAUUCACAAAAAUUGGCACCAAAUUAACCAAAGUAAUAAUAAACUGACACCUAAACCUGACUUUUUUUGGACUAUAGUUCCCCAAAAUUGCAGUUGGGAUGGACAUCAUAUCAACAAUUGACUACACUUGGCCUUGCUCAUCCCAUCAUUUAAAAUCAAAACAUGUAAAUAAUCAUUAGAUUCAAUAUCCUUUGUAUUUCAAAAAUACAAUACUCUAUGUACAAUCAUGUAUUAUAUUAUAAUGCAUAUUUAAAGAUAAUUUUCAUAUAUACACAAACUUUAAAGCUUUGGCAACAUCCCUUGUAACAAAUGCAUAUACUGUAUUCUAUAUGAACAGAGGCAUCUAAUAAUAGAAACAUACUAAUAAUAACAUACAUGGGUACAGGAAAGGGGGUCUUAUCCCAGAUUUUUUCAAUAUUUUGAUUUUUGAUCUUAAUAAGCACAAAGAGACCUUUCAAAUGAGCCAUGGCUUAUAUCUUAACAAUUUCUCUUUGUAGAUAUAGACCAAAAAGACGGAUUUGAAUUUAGCAUUUCUCUUUAAUCUAAACCACAUAUUUGUAGCUUUGUAGCACAAUUUUAAUUUUUGUGAUAACACAAGUUUUCCUGUAUUAAGGUUCUUUUACACAGUUAUAGUACAAAGAAAAUGCAACAUUUUUACUCCAUACUUAUGAUCAAUUGAAAUGAUUAGAAAGAACUAAUUUGUACAUUCAUGAUUUACUAAAAUAUACAAGUUCAUGUACAAUACAAAUGAUUUCAGAUAUUGUAAACAUUUUCAUUUUUAUGUCACCACCAGUUGUAGUGAUUUCUAUAUACAAUAAUUUCUUAACUCAUUCACUUUGAAGGACGUGAUAUGACGUCAUUAAGCACAUACGUUGACUACGAAGGACGUGAUAACACGUCAAAGCACAAACCCGAUGUAUUUGUGGAAUCUUGUAACCAUGACAACUUAUAAAAUGGGACUUAAAAACCUAUUGAUUCUGAAAGAGUUUAUCAUAUACAAGUAUAUGCUUUAAAAUGAUAUAUAACACUAUAUACGUAUGCCCAUGUAUAUACUGUAUAUAUUAUCUCAGAGGUACCAUACACGGCAAUUUUCAAAAAUUUGUCAGUAUUAUAAUGCUUUUUGCCCCAGUAUUGAAUGAGUUAAGGUAAGCAUUCUGGAGUAACUGGGGUAAAUAUUUGUAUGUUAUAUCACAAUGCAAGUCAUUCUAUUAUAUUGGGACCACCUUAACACAUAAAAAAGGCAUAAACAUGCAAAAUGUCACCACCUACCAGACACUGACCACCAAACACCAACCACUGAACACCACCCAUAUAACAAUGUGUCACCACAACUGGUGGUGACAUAAAAAUGAAAACAUCUGAAUGUUUACAUUAUCUCAAAUCUGGAAUUUUUG